AUGGCACCAACACCACGGCGUCGAGGUUUCAGACGCAACCAGCACUCGAUACAGGACAAUGCAGUAGCUGAAUCCCAACACAGCGAGGCAUCAAUUUACCGGAUAUCACGUGCGCCCUCCAGUCCAAGGCCAACGACAUCGCGACCGAGUCUCCGGGAAAUCGGCGCGAAACUCUACCCAGUUAGCCACAAGUCUUUGGAGCCGCACAAUCGAGAGCACACGCAUGUGUCUGACGAUUUGGGAACGGAAGACAUAGUCCGUUUGAAACCUCUGAUGUCGGUAACGCAUCAUCCUUUAAGCGACAAACGGAUCAACGGAAAUACAACCAAGCCUAAAAGCGUCAGCAGAAAAGUUAUCGGGGUUAGUGUCACGUCCACAGUCGAGGCGACGCCCUACAAAGUAAGAGUCGAGCACUACGACAACGAGCAGCUGACAAUGAUAACAAGGCCGCCAAUUAGCGGGUCCUCUUUCGCCGCAAGUAGCAAUUUAGCAGCGACCGGUAUUGGAACCGGUACCGCUAAAUCAGGCUCAAUGAUCACCACCGAAACUUCAACCUGGACCACAUCAACUAUCCCGACGCCCGUAAAAACGUCAACUGUUAAGACGUCGACCCCGAUUCCUGCUAAAUUAGUCACCGAGGAGCUCACUAAUAUUGUAUCGGAGUCAAACCGCAGCGAGUUUUCAGUGGACGAAGGCCUUCCGCGAACCAGUUGGCGAGCAAGGUCAUCAGUGACACCAGAGUCGACGAUCACACACUCAGUGCCAUUUUCAACCUCGUCAAGCUUCCCGAAAUCGCAAGAGCACAAGGAUUCUCUAGAGAUGGCCACUGGCUCAGAGCCUGUCGAGCAAAGUUAUGAGCUGCCCGACGAAAACUCGGAAAUCCACGAGGUCCAAGAUGUUGUCCACCUGCAGGCUCGCAAAGCAGGCAGGCACUACGACAGCCCUUUGUUCAAUCAGCCGCCCAAAGUCUAUCCCCAACCUUCAAAAAUUUACGGAAAACCCUCGCGGAUUUACGGAGAACCUUCCAAAGUCUACAGUGAGCCGGCAAAAGUCUACGGCGAGCCCGAAAAAGUCUACAGUGAGCCUUCGAAAAUUUACAUUUACGCAGAGCCUGAAAAAGUCUACGGAGAGCCUGCGAAAAUUUACUCCAAGCCGGCUAGGGUUUACAGCGAGCCCGCUAAGGUUUACAGUGAGCCCGCUAAGGUCUACAGCGAGCCUAGCAAAAUUUACGGGCUAGACGGGCAGCCGAUCAACCACGAGCCCGAAGAAGAGAACUACGAGGUGGAUGAGGCCGUGAGUGUUGGCAGCAAUGGGAAUGUUCACGGUCCCCAAGUGGUCACAGAAGCGCCAAACUCGAGCGCAAUCGACACUUCCGAAGACGGGCACAACAAAGUUGGGUACGUGGUCGAGGGAAGAAAUUAUCGCAAGUAUCGCGUCGAGGAGCGUACGCCCGACGGAUUUAUCGUCGGCGAAUACGGUGUUGUUAGUCAUGAUGAUGGUUCUUUACGGGGUGUUCGUUACACUGCUGAUGGCACCAUAAAUCCUCGGCUAAUUUACGACGCGUUGAUGAAAUUUCUUGCUCUUUAA